AUGGAGAAUACUCUUUCAAGAAGCCACAGUCUAAAGCCUCCAAGGCGCAAACUUCAGAAACCGGACCCAAAGCUUAAAAGUCUCAACAAGGCCAAACGUGGUUCUACCGACUCGACGACUUCCAGCCUAAGCCCUCAAAGUUCGCUAUCUUCACCGUCGCAACGCCAAAUGCAAAACGGUGCGCCUGAUCUGAGCGACUCCAAAUGGGAUCAUUAUCUUCGACCGCAGUCUGUCUUUGUGCCCUCGGAGCCUGAGGAACACCAUGGGCCAACAUUUCAUCCGAUAUAUGAACAUUACACGAGCCAUGACCACCAACAGGAGUCCGAACCAAGGUCAUGCUUCAGUCCUCCACCACAAAGACAAUCAUCUCAGCGCCAUAUCCCCGAAUUUCAUCAUUUGACUCUCCAGGAACAUCGCGCGCGGCCAUCAUUGGACAGCUCGUCACUUCCUUCAACAGCAUCAACUACCUCGACUUCAUCAAUUAUGCGACGCCAGGCCAAGACGCCCGUCUUUCGAAUCGGACAGUUAGAGCAACAUGCCCUUGCGCGCAAGGCCAAGGAUACACAGGAAAAGACAUCAAGCGUUGAAUUGAUCGCCGAUCAAUACAAUGCCGUCCUCGAAUCGAGAGAUGGCCCGCCUGCGCUGGAGACAUAUUUACCCUCAAACCAGUCGACUUAUUCGUUCGACGACACUCCUCUACAGAUCCCUCCUUAUGGAGCAAAACGGCAAAGCGUACGCACGUCAAAGACGUACUCAUCCAUGACUGCUGUACCGCGCCAGCUCAGACCCAAACUGAGAACUGCAGCAACUCACGAUACGAACGUGGCAGCCGUCGAAGGAGACACUAUUUACUUUAAGCCAUACUCUUUAUCACCACCACCUUCUCCCGAUCAAACGCCUGGGACACCGCGCCACUCCUGGACAGACGAAUUUAGGCCACCCUCAUCAUCUGGACACUCUUUUCAGGAAAACAUCAGUCUCCAGAUAGCGCUCGAUCUACUCACGAGCGAACUAUCUUCCGUCGUUUCUGGACGACCACAGCGCAACGGACAGGACACAGCAGCACUGCAGAUCUGGGUUAUGAUCGAGGCCUACGAGAGGCUGCGUGACCAACUAACAAGACAAGAGCCGUCAAACGCGGAAGCUCAAAAGGUGGUUACCAUGUUCGACUGCUGGUUGGCCUCCCUUUACUCGAUUCAUUCCUCCCUUACGGAGAGCACGCUGCCUAGCCCGACGGAAUAUGCAGGGCUAGAGGAAGACCUGGAUUAA